AUGGCGAGCGUGGGGCAGAUCACGGGGACGCAGGUGCAUUCGGGUCCGAAGCACAUCCUGCAGUGCCAGGUGUCGGAGGACACGCUGCGCAUGCUGGCCACCGAUGAGACCAAGGACCGGAUCCACCGGGACAAGAUGCUGUACUGCAUGCACAAGCACGAGCUUGCACUGUGCUGCAGCAUCCCCUACAACACCAACAACAACAUGAUCUUCAAGCAGAAGAAGCAGCCCUACCCACCCGUCGUCACCACGCUGGGCUUCAUCGACGCGCAGACCCGCAACCUGAUCCGCGCGGUGUACAACACCCAGACGAUGGAGCAGUUCGAGGAGACGCGCGAGAACGUCAUCGCCCGCGCCGCCCGGGACCCUGGCUUCAAGUUCCACCUCCCGCAGUUCACCUUCCAGGGGGUGGUGCAGACGCAGGCGUGGGCGACGUCCAACUUCGGCGACACCGUCGGGUCGGUGCUGGUGGCCGGCUUCGCGACGAUCAUGAACGGGCACUUCCACGCCUACACGGGGGACGUCGUCCACUGGUACUUCGACUUCGAGAGCAUCAUGUUCAACGACGAUGGGACGAGGAGGCGGGGUGGCCACUUCGAUGUCAACCCGGUGCACGUGGAUGCCAUCGACAACAACGGUGAGUUCUACGAGCACGAUCCUGUACGCAUCGGGGCGAAGGCCGGCGAGCGGAAGGACUUCCACGAGAUGCGGGAGUAUGGCAACUACCCGGACAUGUACCCGGACCAGGACCGCAGGAGGGGGGGCGCCGAGUUCAAGCGGAACAUCAUCUACCCCAAGACCUACCAUUACGAUGGCUGCGGGUACGGCGACCGCUGCCGCGUCUUCGGGCGGGUGGUGAACGGCGGCAGGCCCUUCGAGCCCAUCGACGUCCUGAUCUACUCCCAGUGCCGCUAA